AUGGCCGUCCGCCGUACUUACAGCUCGCGAUCUAACAGAUCUUUGCAGCCUUCAUCAUCUCCGUCUCGACUUUCUUCAUCUCCACCACCGUCUUCCCAACCAAGCACACCCCCACGCAAGAGACCUCUCACAGACCACCCGUCAGCACCAAAUACACCACCUCCUAAGCGGGCGCGAUACACUCUAUCAUCUCCAAUCUCAGUAUACUUUCCAUACAACUCAAAGUCGGUAGCCAAGCCCAAGGUCUCUGCUAAGACCAAGGCCAAAGCAAAUCCCGUCAAGAGCAAACAGUCAGAGAAGAAAAAGAAGAACCGCAAUGCGCUCACUCAGCUCCAUUUCAGCCUUGACACCUCCGUCCUUCGUACCUGCGAACUCUGCGAUCUGACCUACACGAAGGGAGCCCCGGACGAUGAAGCUCUCCACAAGUCGCAUUGCACACGAGUGCAGCGUGGGAUGGAGUGGGGAAGGGAUGAGGAGAAGGAAUUCACGAAAGCCGGGGCGACAGAGGUUGCUUCCUCCGUUAAGCUCAAGAACGGUGCAAAGGGGAGGAUCGUGGCCGUGAAGGCUGAUGUUGGAGGAAAGAUUGGCUCCAAGCUUGCCACAUUGCUCGAGACUAUUCGCCUUACACUGUCUUCGCCGCCCCUAUCUCCGUCAACACUCCGCGACUGCAAACUUUAUCUAUUCCUUCUUCCUUCCCCAUCUUCUGUCGCGCGCGAAAAGAUCGUAGGCUGCGUGAUCGCCCAACACAUCUCCACCGCAAUGGCCAUUUCUCCCCCAUCGAAUACUACUCCGUCGUCUUCGUCGUCAUCAACGGUCCCCGAGACCACAUCAAACGACGCAACGGUUCCACCACCCACAGCAACCCUAGUCGCAAUCGACACCUCUACAGGUCUAUUCUGUCAUCCAACCCCUCUUCCUACCCCGAUGGGCAUCCCCCGUCUCUUUGUCCCUUCGGCACACCGCAGACUAGGUAUCGCUACAAGCCUACUAGAUGCUGCUGUCGCUACGUUCGUGCACGGUUGCAAGCUCGAUCCGAGAGAAGGUGAAGUGGCAUUCACGCAACCUACAAAUUCUGGACAGGCGGUGAUGCAGAGCUGGGGCAAGGGUGGCGUUCGAAUCUAUCAGGAGUGAGCGGGAUGCAUUCGUUUUCUGCCGGAUGUUGUUGCGUUUUAUUCGUUGGCC